CCCUUCCCCACUGCUCAUUGAUAAGCCGUAUCAGCCCGUCGGAGAGCGGGAAGAGCUGCGAGUGGCUUUGCGCGCAUCGUCUCUGCGUGGGUUGGGUUUGCGAGCGAGCAGCUAGUGAGGGGAAGGAGGGGUUGUGUGUAUCCCAGCCAGGAGCUUUUCCACCCUUGUUGUAGUAACCAGCCGCACGCCGCCUGCCAGCUAUUACUUCACUGCAGCAGGAGUCGGCCCCUUCGCACCGAGCGAGCCAAACGCGCCAACCUGACUGUCCCCUCCUCUCCCCGCUCUCCCCUCUGCGCAUUCAGCAGAGCUGCCCUCCUCUCCUCCUCAUCACUGUGCCACUCCUGCGGCGCUCUUCUCUGCUCGAAGGGGGACGUUGGCCUGCCUGCUCCUCAUCCACUGGUUCUGCAUGACUGUCACAAAGAUGUCAUGGCGUCCGACCUACCGAAGCUCCAAGUUUCGAAAUGUUUAUGGCAAAGUAGCGAACCGGGAGCAUUGCUUUGACGGCAUCCCCAUCACCAAGAACGUCCACGACAACCACUUCUGUGCCGUCAACGCCAAGUUUCUGGCAGUCGUCACGGAAAGUGCCGGCGGUGGCGCUUUCAUCGUAAUUCCCUUGUCCCAGGCUGGCCGUCUGGACUCUCAUUACCCGAAGGUGUGUGGCCACCAGGGCAACGUGCUGGAUAUCAAGUGGAAUCCGUUUUUUGAGAACAUCAUAGCCUCCUGCUCUGAAGACACCUCAGUUAGAGUAUGGGAGAUCCCAGAAGGCGGUCUGAGGCGCAACAUGACGGAGGCGGUCCUGGAGCUGUACGGUCACAGCAGACGAGUGGGUCUGAUCGAGUGGCAUCCAACCAGCACCGGCAUCCUCUUCAGCGCCGGCUACGACUACAAGAUCCUCAUCUGGAACCUGGAGACAGGAGAGCCGGUGAAAAUGAUCGACUGCCACACUGACGUCAUCUUGAGUAUGUCCUUUAAUACAGACGGCAGCCUGCUGGCCACAAGCUGCAAAGACAAGAAGCUGCGCGUCAUCGAGCCACGCUCUGGGAGAGUCCUGCAGCAAGCCAGUUACAAGAACCACCGCGUGAACCGAGUGGUCUUCCUAGGGAACAUGAAGCGGCUGCUCACCACCGGCGUUUCUCGCUGGAACACCAGGCAGAUUGCUUUCUGGGAUCAGGAAGAUUUGUCCAUGCCUAUUGUGGAGGAGGACAUAGAUGGCCUCUCAGGACUGUUGUUCCCCUUCUACGACACGGACACACACAUGCUGUACCUGGCAGGCAAGGGCGAUGGCAACAUCCGUUACUUUGAAAUCACCACAGAGAAACCGUACAUCCAGUAUCUGAUGGAGUUCCGUUCCCCAGCUCCACAGAAAGGACUGGGUGUGAUGCCAAAGCACGGGCUGGAUGUGGCGGCCUGCGAGGUGUACCGCUUCUACAAACUUGUCACCCUCAAGGGUUUGAUCGAACCCAUUUCUAUGAUUGUGCCAAGAAGAUCAGACACGUACCAGGAGGACAUUUAUCCAAUGACAGCCGGGACCGAACCUGCCUUGUCCGCCAGCGAGUGGCUAAGUGGGAUUGAUAGAGACCCAGUGCUGAUGUCCCUGAAGGACGGUUACCACAGACCAAACCAGUUAGUUUUUAAAGCCCCGGUGAAGGAGAAGAAGAGUGUGGUGGUGAACGGGAUUGACCUGCUGGAGAAUGUCCCACCUAGGACCGAGAAUGAGCUCCUACGGAUGUUUUUCCGGCAGCAGGAUGAGCUGCGGCGGCUGAAGGAGGAGCUGACCACGAAGGAUGUACGAAUACGCCAGUUGGAGCUGGAGCUCAACAACCUGAAAAACGUUAGCCCCAAAGACGUCUGACCUCCGAGCCUCGUGGACUGGCAAAGCUGCUUCCUUUGCUCCCCGAUUCUGACCUCCAAAUAGCCUCCGAGUCCCACCACGUUGCUUUUUUUUGUUUGUUUUUUAAAGAACUUUCCUGCAUAGAGUACAAAUAAACUGUUGGACAACGUCUUAACCGAUGCAAUUACUGGAUUCUUAUAGUAGUAUUUAUUGUCAUUAUGAUGCAGAACAGGCAGUUCAGGGAUUUCCAGUUUAAAAUGUGAUCAAUUGGGGGGCGGGGAAUAUAUAAUACACUUCCUGUUUCCCAGCUGUUCACUCAGUUGUUUGUUUUUAACUUCGGCACAUAAACAUUUGUGCUACUGCCCCCGACCUUUUCUUUGCCCUGUUAGAAAUGCAAAAAAAAAAAAAAAAAAAAAAAAAACCUUCACCUAUCCUGUGUUUCUGACCAAAUCUCCCUCUUUCUCACUUUCUGUUAAACCAAAACAGGAUGAUAGAAAGACUCCUACCCAUCCUCCAUCAGCCCCUGCAGUUUGCAGUAAGCUGUAGCAUUAUCCCAGAAUAACAGAGGUGAAGUAGUUUCACACUUGUCAAGUGGAGAAGUAUCUUGCAGACAUGGAUUGUGUUGUUGGUCCCCUCCCUCCCCCCAAAAAAGCUGCUUAUCCUGUAACUGCUUUCUAUCACCUGCUGGUAUAAAAUGACUUUUCGACAAUGACUCACAGCGCCACAAAUCCCGUCUUUUCCCGAGAAAAGUGGAUACUUAACUUAGGUUUUUGACUCUGUGUUCAAAUAGUGCAAAAGUAGAGAACGCAGAUGGUAGACAUGUGUAACUUCUCACAUUGAGGCUGCUUUUCAGUUUUGAAGACUUGAGGGUGGCGAACAUUUGCUUCUAUUUAUUUGACCCAUUUUAACUUUUUUAGCUGACAACCUGCCUACUUAUUAACCCAUUUUGUUUUGUAUAACAUGGCAAAAGUAACGGUUUUGAUGCUCUCUGGAUAGUGCUGUAUGUAUGUGACUGAACCGAUGCCAAAUCUGUGUGGAGCAGCUAAUUAUACGACUGUAACUGCG